AUGUUGUUGUACGCUGGUAAUUAUUUGAACGACGAGAGAAGAAUCUUGUAUUCGCAUGACGUGGGCACUUCAUACAGAAACCCACUCUACACGAAUAGGUACUACAUGAAUGAAUGGGACGACAUCCACAUGCAGAGACCACGUGUGGCAAGAGAACUUCUACCCGUUAGACAUCCACAGGACGCAUACCAAAACAAUACACACCCUGGUAAUAACAGCAAAGAUAACACGAAUCAAAAUAACAAAGGGAGGGAAUGGGAGGGAAAUGGGAAUUGGUUGGUGAAGUUCACGGGAAAGGCUUUGAUGGGAAUGGAACGGAAUUUGGAUGAAAAAGCCAUUCCCGUCCACCUCUGGGUGAAAAUAUCCGACCUGCCACGCAGAAACGAAUAUUAUCAAACCAAGUUCCAUCCCAACAAUGAGCACCGAGAACAAUCAACAAUUUGA